AUGGCGUCCCUUGCUCUCACUUCGCCUCUCAGCUUAGGAGGGUUCCGAUCACUCCCAACAUAUAGACCCCGUCCGUCCAAAUCAUCCCCACCGUUGAAUGACCUCCACUCCACUCCCAGAUCCAACGGUCACCACCGAUUCUGCUCACUAAACCCAACUCCUCUUCCCUUACCUCCACUUGAACGGAACAGAAUUAACUAUGUUAAUUUGAACAAUUUACUACACCGCCGUCGAGACCUUGCUGUAAAGGCCUCCGCCGCUGGUGGUGCCGCCACGGCUGCGCCACAAGCCCCGCAACCAUGGCAAGGGGCCGCAAUGCAACCCUUACUAGCCUCGAUAGCCACCGGAGUAAUUCUAUGGCUAAUUCCGGCUCCGGCUGGUGUGACUCGCAAUGCAUGGCAGCUUCUGUCGAUUUUUCUAGCCACAAUCAUCGGAAUUAUAACCCAACCUCUGCCCCUCGGUGCCGUGGCGUUGAUGGGAUUAGGAGCUUGUGUGUUGACCAAGACGUUGACAUUCGCUGCCGCAUUCUCGGCGUUUGGAGAUCCGAUCCCUUGGCUUAUCGCCCUUGCGUUUUUCUUCGCCCGGGGAUUUAUUAAGACUGGGCUUGGAAACAGAAUUGCGUAUCAAUUUGUGUCAUUAUUUGGUAGUUCAUCGUUAGGGUUGGGGUAUAGUUUAGUUUUCAGUGAGGCCCUUUUGGCUCCGGCGAUACCUUCGGUGUCAGCUAGAGCUGGAGGCAUUUUUCUACCAUUGGUGAAGUCUUUGUGUCUGGCUUGUGGUAGUAAUGUUGGUGAUGGGACUGAGACCAAGUUGGGGUCGUGGUUGAUGUUGACUUGCUUUCAGACAUCGGUGAUUUCGUCGGCGAUGUUCUUGACGGGAAUGGCUGCCAAUCCAUUGAGCGCGAAUUUGACGGCGAAUACGAUAAAUAAGACAAUUGGGUGGAUGGAUUGGGCAAAGGCUGCAUUUGUGCCUGGUUUGGUGUCUUUGAUUGUGGUACCCUUGCUUUUGUAUGUGGUUUAUCCGCCGGAGGUGAAGAGCAGUCCGGAUGCCCCAAAGCUGGCCAGGGAGAGAUUGGAAAAAAUGGGGCCCAUGUCGAAGAACGAAAUUAUAAUGGCUGCAACUCUGCUUCUCACGUUACAGAAAGUAUUGUACUUCGAUUGUGGGUUGUCUCAUUCGGCUGAUAAGAUUAUGGUCAGCUAA